AACUGGUUCAUCAAGUUCGGCGGAAUCGAAUCGAGAUUGUUCCUGAUAUUCCUUCCUACUCAAUCGCCGAUGUGCAGAAACUGUAAGCAAUUAGGGUUUUCGGAGGAGUGACAGUCCAUAUUAAUCUCCACUUCCUGCAGGAGCAAACCUGGGUAGUGAAAGGUCUCGAUUAUAUUUACGGCCCUGUCUGUGUUGCGCAGAUUGGCUGCAGCGGUUGUGGAACUUCGUCUUCCGUAGAAUGGAUUCGCCUUCUGGAUCACUGCCGCUCGAUGCCAACGAUGGAAUCAUCAGGAGGCUAGUUGAUAAAGGAGUUCCUGAAGAGAAUCUUGAUACUCGUUAUGAGGGUUUAGUUAAUUUUGUUAUGGAUAAUUGGUCUUGGAUACCAGAGGUAGUCUCUGCUAUCUUGCCUGCUGAGGAGGAGGUUGCAGAGCAUAUUAAACAUGAGAAGUCACAGUCUCAAGAAAGAACAACUGACUCAAGCAUUACCAUGAAGAAUCAAUUUCGUGUUAGUAUGCUUUGGUUACAAUGGCUGAUGUUUGAGGGUGACCCAUCUCAUGCUUUGGAGAACCUAGAUAAAAUUAGUGUUGGUCAACGAGGUGUUUGUGGAGCUGUUUGGGGACAUAAUGAUAUUGCAUACAGGUGCCGGUCAUGUGAGCAUGAUCCUACUUGUGCAAUUUGUGUUCCAUGUUUUCAGAAUGGGAACCACAACGGCCAUGAUUAUUCUAUUAUUUACACGGGUGGUGGUUGCUGUGAUUGUGGAGAUGAGACAGCAUGGAAAUGUGAGGGCUUCUGCUCAAAACACAAAGGUGCUGAACAGAUUCGGCCCCUUCCAGAGAAUUUAGCAAAUUCUGUGGGGCCUGUUCUCAAUUCCCUCUUUGUUUGUUGGAAAAGCAAGCUAUUGUCUGCAGAAACUAUCUUUAAGGAAAAGAGGAGAGCAAAUGACCAUGAUACUGUGCCUAGGAAAAUUGCAAAUGAGCUCACGCUUGUGGUGGUUGAGAUGCUUUUAGAAUUUUUCAAGCACAGUGAGAGUUUGCUCAGUUUUGUUUCUGAGAGGGUGAUAUCUUUAGUUGGUUUGUUGGAGAUUCUUGUCAGGGCAGAGAGGUUCUUGUGCAAAAUUGUUGUGAGGAAACUCCAUGAACUGCUCUUGAAAUUGCUUGGAGAACCUGUCUUCAAAUAUGAGUUUGCUAAAGUGUUUUUAAGUUAUUACCCUGUUGUUAUAAAGGAUGCCAUAAAGGAGGGCGACAGUUGCAUUAGAGAUAAGUACCCACUUCUAUCAACAUUCUCUGUUCAAAUCUUGACAGUGCCGACUCUAAUACUGCGUCUUGUGAAGGAGAUGAAUUUAUUGACCAUGUUGUUUGGAUGUUUGGGAGAGAUUUUCUUUUCUACUGUUGGGGAUGAUGGUCGUUUAGGGGUCUCAAAGUGGGGAAAUGUUUAUGAGACUACACAUCGUGUUCUUGGAGAUAUUCGGUUUGUUUUGAGCCAUGAUGAAGUGUCUAAAUAUGCUAUCCGUGACCAGCAGGAUAUAUGUAGAAUUUGGAUAAAGUUCUUGGCUUUUUUGCAAGGAAUGAGCCCUGUAAAGAGGGAAACUGGAAUCCAUAUAGAAGAAGAAAACGAGUCUAUGCAUUUGUUACUUGUUUUAAGUCGUGCAGUUUCCGACAUUUAUUCUCUUCUGGUAGAUCGAGCAUUUUCUGUAGGUAGUGGUGAGGAGAUGAAUGCUUUUCCAACUGUGCAUAACAAAGAUGCUGAUGAUGGAGACAGCUUAAGACAUGCAAAGGUAGGAAGGCUAUCCCAAGAGAGCUCUGUGUGUAGUGUAACAGGGAGAAGUAGUGCUUUUGCUUGUUUGUCAAGGUCUUCUGGGUCACAUCUUUUAAUUCCAUCAUCUGUUGAAUGGUUAGUAUAUGAGUGUUUGCGGGCUAUGGAAAAUUGGCUGGGGACUGAUGAUGGAACAUCUACUGCUUUUGACCGUAGACUUCCUCCAAAUUGUAGUAGAACCAGUGGGACUAACGUUUUGGUUCUGAAGGAAACAUUAUCUAAGAUACAGGAAGGAAAACUUUUUUUGGGUAAACUUGAUGGUGCAAGGGAUGAUCACCGUGGAUGGUCUUCUUCACUUGUAUUUGCUGGACUUCUAGAGACUGGUGACUUGGAGAAAGGCCACAAGAGUAGAACAACUGUUACAGUUGAAACUAAUUCAGUUGCACAUGUCUCUUUAAGUUUGGAUGCUGAUGCUAUGGAAGAGGAUAAUGGCAUGGAAUCAAAUGUCCUAAGUGUUUUCAGUCUCUCUGAGUGGCCAGAUAUCAAUUAUGAUGUCAGUUCACAAGAGAUAUCUGUUCACCUCCCAUUACAUCGUUUGCUCUCUUUGCUUAUACAGAUGGCGUUAAAAAGAUGUUAUGGUGAAUGUUCAGUGCCAAAUGUAAAUAGUUCUAACUCUGCAAAUCCUUUGUUAGCAAGUUCUGCUGACUUUUUUGGAUAUAUUCUUGGGAAAUUCCACGCUGUUGGGUUUUCUGGCUUUGUUAUGGAGCAUCCUCUGCGGAUUAGGGUAUUUUGUUCUCAAGUUAAUGCUGGGAUGUGGCGUAAGAAUGGUGAUGCUACCCAAUUAUUUUGUGAUUGGUAUCGUUCAGUUCGCUGGUCUGACCAAGGUUUGGAAUUUGAUCUAUUUCUUCUGCAAUUGUGUGCUGCUAUGGCUCCACCUGAUCUUUUUGUUAAAAGAAUUUUGGACCGCUUUGGGUUAUCAAGCUACCUAUCUCUAAGUCUUGAAAGAUCAAGCAAGUAUGAACCAGUUUUAGUAAAGGAAAUGCUCACUCUUAUUAUCCAAAUUCUGCAAGAAAGGCGAUUUUCUGGGUUCAUUACUGCUGAUAACCUAAAACGAGAGUUGAUCUAUAAGUUGGCUAUUGGAGAUACCACUCAUAGUCAGUUGGUUAAAUCUCUACCUCGUGACCUUUCCAAGUGUGGCCAGCUUCAGGAAAUUUUAGAUUGUGUUGCUGUGUAUUCCAGUCCAUCUGGCUUCAAUCAGGGAAUGUAUUCGCUGCGCUGGGCCUAUUGGAAAGAGCUGGAUUUAUACCACCCUCGUUGGAAUUCAAGGGAUUUGCAAACAGCUGAGGAAAGAUACAUGCGUUUUUGUGGUGUCUCUGCAUUGACCACACAGAUGCCCAAGUGGAGAGAGAUAUAUCCCCCACUUCAGGGGGUAGCUCGUAUUGCUACCUGUAGAAUGACACUUAGGAUAAUCCGUGCAGUGCUAUUUUAUGCAGUUUUCACUGAUCAAAAUUCUGAAUCACGUGCUCCUGAUGGCAUCAUUAUAUCUGCAUUGCACUUACUUUCAUUAGCAUUAGACAUCUGUUCACAGCAGAAGCAAUCUAGUGCUAUGGGAUCUUAUGUAGGCGAUUCAAUUGACAUGCUAGCUUUUGCUGCUGAAGACAUUUCUGAGGCAUUUUGUUAUGGUGUUGGUAAACCGAGCUUGUUGUCCCUUCUAGAUAUGUUGAUGGGGAUGCAUAGGAAAGAAAAUCCAGACAAUGUUUUGGAAGCAGGCAACUGCAGUUUUUCUCCUUUGAUUGAAAGUUUAUUGAAGAAGUUUGCUGAAAUUGAUUCUCAGUGCAUAACCAAACGGCAAAAUCUUGCACCUGAAGUGGUUGGCAAUUUAUCACCAAAAGUUCCAAAUUGUGGUACAAAUCUCACUGGCCCAGGUUCUGAUAUCGAGAAGCGCAAGGCCAAAGCACGAGAGAGGCAGGCUGCAAUGUUGGAAAAAAUGAAAGCAGAGCAAUCCAAAUUCUUGUCUAAUAUUAGUGCUACUGACACUGAGGAUUUAAAAUCUGAAGUGUGCAAUUCUGAUAGUGAGCACAACUCAGAAGAUGCAGCCCAGUACAUUUGCUCUCUUUGCCAUGACCCUAAUUCCAAAAGUCCUGUUUCAUUCUUGAUUCAUCUCCAAAAAUCCAGGCUUUUGAGUUUUGUUGAUAAAGGUCCCACAUCAUGGGAUGAUAGGUCAGAUAAGGCGCAUGCCUCUAUUCCUAUAAACAAUAUAGUUGAUCAAUAUGGAGAAAAUACCUCAUCCAGUGGUUCAAGUUUGGCUUCUCCGUUGGUGCAGUUAACUGAAAACGUAGCUACUGAGCCUACCACUGAUGGUCAAGAGCCACAAAUGGAUGUAAAUGCUGUACUGGAGUUCGUCAGGUCUUGGUUUCCUGUGGUGGGAAGCAAUCAAGAACCGAGCAUGUCAGGUGAUAGGGUGGAGAACCAUGUAUAUACCUUUGAAAAAUUGGAAGAAGAUAUGUAUGAACCUAUUAGGAAAGGAAUGCAUGAUGGCGUGCUAAUUACAAAUAUUGAAAAGGAUGAAAAAUACUCUGCUGCUGAAAGUUGUCAAGAAAGCCGCUAUGAUACUGAAUCUAUCAUGGCUGGGAAAUACAUUACUUCUGUUCCAGAAGUGAAGAGUGAAAGUCCUUCAUGUUUGGAAACUCAUUCUGAUAGGGAAUCCAUUUCAAAGCUUCCUGUUUAUGAUGGAUUUUCUCCUGUAGAUUGUGAUGGGAUUUAUCUUUCAUCAUGUGGGCAUGCAGUACAUCAGGGUUGUCUUGAUCGCUAUUUAUCAUCGCUAAAGGAAAGACAUGUCAGAAGGAGCAUUUAUGAAGGAGCACAUAUUCUGGACCUAGAUCAGGGAGAGUUUCUCUGCCCCGUAUGCCGUCAACUUGCAAAUUCUGUUUUGCCUGCACUGCAUGGGAACUUUCACAAGGCUGAAGUGCAGCCACUGACCUCCAAAAUUGAUUCAACACCUGUUGCUGGCCUUUUAUGUACAUCGAGUGCAGAAAUCUAUUCUUUUCAGCUUCAGCAAGCCUUGUCUCUCAUACAAUCUGCUGCUAAUGUGGUCGCGAGGCCAGAUAUGCUAGAAGCUCUUCCCUUCCAGAUGAAGGAAACAAGUAGUCAGAAUCUUGAACUUGUUUCUCGUAGGCUCUCUAAGAUGUACCUUCCAAUAAAACAGGAUAAGCUCUUAGAAUCUCCAAGACUAAGCCACCCAAUUAUUUUUUGGGACACUCUAAAGUAUUCCCUAAUGUCAAUUGAAGUUGCUGCUCGAAGUGGAAGAGCUUCUAUGGCUCCUAAUUACAGUCUUGAGUCAUUGUAUAAGGAAUUCAAGUCAUCAAGUAGAUUUAUUUUAUCCUUGUUGUUAAAAGUUGUCCAGAACAUGAAAAGCAGAAAUUCUCUUCACAUGCUUCAAAGAUUUAGAGGUGUUCAGCUCAUUGCUCAGUCUAUUUGCUCUGGAGUUUCCUCUAAUUAUCAUAGCAUAAAACAUCAACAAGGUGAUUUUCUGAAUAUGUUGAAUCAUGAUAAGGCAGAAGUCACAUAUCCUGAUAUUCAAUUUUGGAAUCGAGUGACUGAUCCUGUUCUUGCCCAUGAUCCUUUUUCAUCAUUAAUGUGGGUUCUCUAUUGUCUCCCAUGCCCAUUUAUAUCGUGCAAGGAGUCCUUGUUAUCCAUUGUUCAUAUUUUCUAUGCUGUUUCCAUAGUUCAGGCAGUAAUUACAUGUUUGGGAAAAAACUGCUACAAGAUCACUGAGCUAGGUCUUCAUGAUUGUCUAAUUACUGACAUCUGCAAAGUUCUGAGAGAUUCUAAAUGUACUCAGAAGUAUUUUUUUUCUGAAUAUGUUGACCCUUCUUGUGAUAUUAAAGAUAUGAUUCGUAGAAUGAGUUUCCCUUAUUUGCGGAGGUGUGCUUUGCUAUGGAAAUUGCUGAGCUCUUCCAUCUCAUCACCAUUCUGUGACAAGGAUAAGGCAUAUGAUAUAUCAUCUCAUGCAACUAAUGAUAUGAUGGAUAUCACUGAAGGUGCUCUGGUGGAGUUAAUCGAAGUCCAAGAGCUGGAGAAUAUGUUUAAGAUUCCUCCUCUGGAUGUUGUUCUCAAUGACAAACACCUAAGAUCACUUACACUGAAAUGGCUCUACCAUUUCCAUGAGUGUGAAGUUCGUUGUUUUCAAAGUGUUUUCCACUGCAACCCUGCAGUUCCAUUUUACUUGAUGAAUCUGCCCCAUGUUUAUCAGGAUUUGUUGCAAAGGUACAUAAAACAGCAGUGCCCUGACUGCAAAGUUCCACUAGAGGAGCCUGCAUUGUGCCUGUUAUGUGGCAAAUUAUGCAAUUCAAGUUGGAAGUCAUGCUGCAGGGAAAGGGGCUGCUCUGCCCAUGCCAUGUCCUGUGGUGCUGGAAUUGGUAUAUUUCUGUUGAUAAGGAAAACAAUAAUCCAGCUACAAAGAUGUUCACAUCGUUCUGUCUGGCCAUCUCCCUAUCUGGAUGCAUUUGGUGAAGAGGAUAAUGGAAUGGGUAGGGGAAAACCACUAUACUUGAAUGAGGAACGCUAUGCUGCACUGACCUAUAUGGUUGCUUCUCAUGGCCUUGAUCAAAGCCUGAAGGUUCUUGGCCAAACUAUCAUGGAUGCCUUAAUGUGGUUUUAGUUUGGUUUUAUACUCAAGGUUGACUCAGAUCACUCACAAGUGGGAAAUGGUUGUGCAAAUCUGAAGGUUGUUGGUAUUCAUAUACUUUUGUGUGAACUAAGGAAGUUGGAUCAAAGUGUGGGCGGCAUGAUGCAGCUGUGUAUAUACUGCUGAUCAGGAUUUUCUGGAGGUUCCAUUUCAAUUUAUCGCAUGGCUGUAGUAGCUACUUCAAAGAAUUCAAGAGCACACAACAACUUGGAGUUGCAAGCUUUAGUGAUUCUCGGAUCUUGUACUGUACAUCGUCAGGCAUCAAUCCUUGCAAUGACUCUGGCACCUGUUUUUUUUUCGUUAAAAUUAGUUUCGUGCAUGUCUUCUCCUCCUCUCAGUAAAGGAUAGAUUUCAUGUUUCAUCGGAAUCUUUCAUAUUUCAUCGGAGUCUCAUUGUGACUGUCUCCAAUGUAAAGCAGUUCAAUUUGUAUAUACGCAAAUUAUCUUUAGUAAAGUAUUUAAGAAAUA